AGACUUUUCUGAUGAUGGUCUAGUCAAAACCACUCAGUUCGGCUUAAGCCAUUCAGAAGAAGAGUGCCAAUUCAUGGCGCAAUUUCUGCUUACUGUACUACAAGUCCUACUUGCAUUGACCUUCUGGAUCGGAAUCGGAUCAGGCUCGUCGAACCAUUAUAAUGCCGGCGAUCAUGUCCCUUUGUUCGUCAACAAAGUGGGUCCUCUCCACAAUCCGAGGUUGUUCUCAAAUUCAAAUCUUUUGGUAAUUCUUAUGCAUUUUGCUUUUUAUUGGCUUAUGAUGACGGGUGAGUAAUCUAAGAGGAGGAGAUCAAGUUAGAGAAUGUGUAAGAUAUGUUUUUGUUCUAGCUUUAGUUUGACCAUGGAACUCAAAGAUGGCACAUUUUCUUAAACCCCAUUUUAAAGUUUGGUGUUUUGUUUUGUUUGCAGUGAGACCUAUCAAUACUAUGAUUUGCCGUUCUGCCGUCGAGGGCCUGUGAUUGAGAAACAGGAAACUCUUGGGGAAGUUCUUAAUGGUGAUCGUUUAAUGAGCUCUUUAUAUAAGCUGAAAUUUAGGGAGGACAAAACUCAUUUUGUAUUGUGCCGGAAGAGAUUAACAUCGAGUGAUAUUGCCAGGUUCAGAGAUAUUAUUGCUCAAGAUUACUACUUUCAAAUGUACUACGAUGAUCUCCCUUUGUGGGGAUUUGUUGGAAAAGUAGAGGGAGAUUAUUUUGGUCAAGGGGAGAAGCAUACUAAGUAUUAUAUAUUCAGUCACUUAAAGUUCAAUGUUCUGUACAAUGCAGACAAAGUUAUUGAGAUCAACAGUUUUAGUGAUCCGAGUUAUAUGGUUGAUAUAUCCGAGAACACUGAGAUUGAUGUUCAAUUUACAUACUCGGUUUCUUGGAAUCUGACUUCAGAACGCUCUGAGACAAGAAUGAAUAAGUACUCCCGGGCGUCGUUUCAUCCUAUCAGCCAGAAGAUUCACUUCUUCUCAUUUCUCAACUCGAUAACUGUUGUUGUUUUGUUAAUUGGACUUAUAUCUUUUCUCUUCAUGCGCCAUCUCAAGAAUGAACUAAGAAGUUACUCUAUCGGAGAUGAAGAAGAGAGAAAGGAAGCAGGUUGGAAACUCGUACAUAGUGAUGUAUUUCGAUGUCCUCGGAACAUCAGCUGGCUUUGUGCAAUCUUAGGAACUGGUACUCAGUUGCUAAUCUUGAUUAUUGCUCUAUUUGCAUUGGCCUUCACCGGUUUUCUCUACCCAUACAAUCGUGGAAUGCUGUUGACUUCUCUCGUCAUCAUGUACACUCUAACAUCAAUAGUGGCUGGUUACACAUCUACUUCUUUCCAUAGCCAAUUCGAGGGAAAUAAACAGAAAAGGAGUGUUCGUCUUGCUGGGAUCCUCUAUCCGGUUCCUUUCUUCAUAAUACUUUCGGUUCUCAACACUGUGGCAAUUACUUAUGGGGCAACAGCUGCACUCCCCUUUGGCACAAUAGUCAUCAUCAUACUCAUUUUCACUCUUUUGAAUAUCCCAUUUCUCAUGUUGGGAGGAGUGUUAGGUAACCGAUUUGGAUUAUUAGAGUUUCAACCCCCAUCCGCUGUUAAAAGAAACCCCCGAGAAAUUCCACCACAGAAUUGGUACCGUAGAAAGCUGUAUCAGGUGUUUCUUGGAGGCUUUGUACCUUUCAGUGCAGUUGUUCUCGAAUGGCACCAACUCUAUGCAAGCUUGUGGGGAUUUAAGAUAUAUACCUCGCCUGGAAUAAUGCUUUUUACAUUCAUUGUGCUUAUCUUCUUGAGUUCGAGUGUCGGUAUUAUCUUGACCUACAUUCAGCUAUCCGGUGAAGAUCAUGAAUGGUGGUGGAGAUCGAUAUUGUGCGGAGGAUUCACAGCGGUGUUCAUGUAUGGGUAUGGAGUAUUGUUCUAUCUCAGGUCAGACAUGACUGGAUUUCUGCAGCUGAGCUUUUACUUAGGAUACACUGCUUUGUUAUGUUACGCCCUCUUCUUGGUUCUUGGAACCAUAAGUUUCUUGGCUUCUUUGAUGUUUAUUCGCCACAUCUAUCGUUCUGUCAAGCUUGAAUAACUCCCAAGAACUAAAGGGUCCUCUUCCUUUCAUCAUGCGACUCAUCUCUGUAUUAGUAUCUUUUUGAUUUUAGUUGUUAACUCUUUCAUGUUUCUUUUAAGGAAUGGAAAUGAUCUUACUAGAUAUGAAAAGCAGAGAUACAUUAUGUUGUUCAUCCCAC